GGAAGGAAGAGGCGCUGUGCCUUGAAACGCUCGGUUGAGCAAGUCGACGUCGCACAACAAAUCGGAGCUGUAGUUGCAGCGGUUCGUUUCCUUUCCUCCGUGGGGUCCGUGGACUCUUCUUGAGAGCAGCACUCGUCAGUGACAACAAGCUGUGAGCGGUUGCGGUGCAGUCAGCAGCAGCAGUAUCUUUGCGCUCAGAGACUAGUAGUAGUAGUAGCUAGUGUGUCACGAGGAUGAGGACUCGCGCGUGUUGUGUUUGAUUUGCGAAGGUUCGUUAACUUAAGCCGAAAUAAGCCGGAAGUGUAACUCGGCAGAGGAAUUCGGAGACAUGGAACCAUUUGAGAGCGAUCGGGCCUCUUUGCCCAGGAACAUGAUUGAGAACAGUAUGUUUGAGGAAGAGCCAGAUGUUUUGGAUCUGGCUAAGGAGACACCUGCAUACCCUCUUGACCCCGAUGACAUGGUGUAUGAGCCACGCAGCUCCCGACUGCUAGUGCGGGGUCUUGGAGAGAAUGACAUGGAUGAAGAGGAGGAAGACUACGAGUCAUCAGCCCGCCUGCUGGGCAUGUCGUUCAUGAACCGCAGCUCCAGCUUGCGGCCCAGUGCCUCGCCCUACGCCCGCCAGGAGCAGUCAAGCUCCUGCACUAUGCCCUCUAACCGGACACUGCUGCUGGGGGUCUUUGUCCUGGUUGUUGUUGCCUCCGUGGCCAUGGUUAUCUACUUCCUGCCAAAGUGCACACUCACCAAGGAAGGAUGCCACACGGUGAACACUUCCAUGGAACUCAUAUACCCCAGGGCCACCAAUGGGGAACUGUUCCCCUGGACCUCGCUGAGGUUGCCUGUCUAUGUCCAGCCUGUCCAUUAUGACCUCCUGAUCCACCCGAACCUGACCACCAUGACUUUCCAAGGAACAGUUUCCAUCACCAUAGACGUUCUGAAUGAUACCAAGAAUGUAAUUUUGCACAGUUCUGGCUUGCAGAUCACUAAUGUCACUGUCCAGGAUAAAGAGGUGAAGAAACUAGAAUACCAACCAUGGCAGCAAAUUGCUUUAAAGUUCCCAGAGGACCUUAAAAAGGGGCAAACUUAUGUUUUGACAAUGGAAUAUUCAGCAAACCUUUCCAACAGUUAUAGUGGCUUCUACAACAGUUCCUAUGUGGAUAAGGGUGGCAAUAAAAGGGUUCUUGCAGCAACACAGUUUGAACCUCUGGCUGCUCGGAAAGCGUUCCCAUGCUUUGAUGAACCGGCGUUGAAAGCCACUUUUCUGAUUAAAAUAAAGCGAGAGACUGGAUACAUCAGUCUUUCAAACAUGCCCAAGAACCAGACGGUUGAAUUGUCUGAUGGGCUUCUCCAGGACGAGUUUGAAAAAAGCGUGAGAAUGAGCACGUAUCUGGUGGCGUUUAUCGUGGCAAACUUCACACAGAUCAACCAGAUUGCUUCGGACACUUUGGUCUCUGUUUAUGCUGUUCCAGAUAAGGUGGACCAACUAGACUAUGCUCUGGGAUGUGCGGUGAAACUGUUAAAAUUUUACAAUACUUUAUUUGGGAUAAAAUUUCCCUUAAAGAAACUGGACCUGGUGGCCAUUCCUGACUUCCUGGCUGGGGCCAUGGAGAACUGGGGUCUGAUAACGUUUCGGGAGAGGACCCUACUAGUGGGCAAUCACUCAUCUCUUAUGGACAAACAGGUGGUGGCUUCUGUGAUUGCCCAUGAGCUGGCACACCAGUGGUUUGGUAACCUGGUUACCAUGAAGUGGUGGAAUGACCUUUGGUUGAACGAGGGCUUUGCUACAUACAUGGAAUACACAUCUGUGGAGAAAGUGUUUCCAGAACUUGAAAUUGGCAAUGACUUUUUAAGUAUGCGCUUCAAAUCUCUAGCGGAGGACUCUUUAAACUCAUCACGCCCCAUCUCAACAGAGGUGGCCACACCUGAACAGGUGGAGGAAAUGUUUGAUUCUGUGUCCUAUGAGAAGGGUGCUUCAACCUUGCUCAUGCUCAGCUCAACACUGACAGAGGAAAAGUUCUACAAAGGAGUCAGUGAGUACUUGGAGAAGUACCGAAACAUGAACACUGACAAUGAAGAUCUAUGGAACAGCUUUCCCCAGGAAGAAUACAAUGUGGUAGACAUGAUGAACACUUGGACACUUCAAAAAGGUUUUCCCUUAGUGACUGUGAACAGAACAGGUGCCCAAGUCAGUGUAUCACAGGAACACUUCCUCCUCAAGGUGAACAAAACAGCCAAGUCCAGUGAUUUGUGGCACAUCCCCUUGACAUAUGUCAAUGACAGCUGCAGCACCUCCCCAAACUGUACGCAGUUGUUCCUUCUGAAAGACAAGACUGCUACGUUUAAGGUUCCUAAAAAUGUGAAGUGGAUGAAGUUCAACUUCAGAAAUAAUGGUUUCUACAUCGUAAAUUACGGAGAAGAAGGCUGGAGGGCACUGAUCGAAGCUGUGAAGGAAAAUCAUGAAGUUCUUACACCCGAGGACAGAGCUUCUCUGAUUAAUAACCUCUUUGCACUCUCAAGGCUGGGUAAGCUGUCCUUCAAGCAGGUCAUGAACCUUUUGGUGUACCUAGAGCAUGAGAAUCACACUGCCCCGCUGACUGAAGCUUUGUACCAACUCGACCGCAUCUACAGACUCCUAGACAAAAGACAGGACCUUCUGGCUUCAAGCAUGAAGAACUACAUUUUGAAUCUCUUUGUGGACAAAAUGAACAGCCAGUCCUGGGAGCAGGACCUUCCACUCUCUAAACAAGAGCUGCGGUCAGCCCUGCUGGAGGUGGCGUGCCGCUAUGGCCAGAAGAACUGCACCGACCGUGCUGAGCAUGUCUUCCUGCAGUGGGUGGCGUCCAACGGCACUGAAAGGAUACCUGGUGAUCUCAUGAAGGUGGUCUUCUCUGUGGGAGCCCAGAGCAAUGCUGGCUGGGAGAUGCUGCUCCAGACCUACACACACUCAAUAGUGGACGCAGACCGGCGCAAGAUGCUGGCAGCACUGGCCAGCUCUCAGGAUGUACGCAAGGUGUUGUGGUUGCUGCAGGAGAGCUUGCAAGGCAGUUAUGUUAAGACUCAAGAACUUCCCUUAAUCCUCCAUACAGUCUGCAGGAACUUUGCAGGACAUCUCUACGCGUGGGAUUUUGUCAAAGAGAACUGGGGAAAGAUCACGCAAAAGUUUCCCAUUGGCUCUUUUGCAAUCCAGGAUAUCAUCAUGUCUACAACCAGCUACUUCUCCACAGAGCGGCUCCUUUGGGAGGUGGAGAACUUCUUCCGCUCACGUAGAGAUAAGAGCUCCAAGAUGAGGUGUGUCCACGAAGCGAUGGAGACCAUUGCACUAAAUAUCCAGUGGAUGGACAGCAACCUGGAGACACUGCGGAAGAAUCUCUAGCCCAGGUGUCGCUCCGCACUGUGCUCCAUCUCGACUUGUGGAUCCAGGUGUGAUUGCCUGGUGCCUGGGAACGAGGUCUCGAAGGCAACCGCAGUUUUUGCACUAUUAGGAAUUGUAGCUUGCUCAGGGCCACUUGGUACAUGUUUUGAAUUGAGUUAGAACUUUUAACUCUGGGUUGUUCAGCUGCAGACCAAACCUCACAGCUGUGUCUCUGCGUUGAUACACGUGUGGUUUUUUUUUUUUUUUUUUCUUUUUUU